AUGACGACGACGAGCACGGCGACGAGCGCGUCGGCGUUCCCUCUCACGCCGCCGAACUCGCUCAACUCGGGCAUGCGCGUGCCGCCCCGCGCGCCGGCCGCGCUGCCGUCCCCGCCGCACUCGUUUUCGGCGCUCUCUCCGGCUUCAACAAUGACUACGGCAAGCGCCUCGACGUGCGACACAAUCCUCCCGCUCCUCUCCUCGGUGUUCCCGUACGCCGCGUCCUCGGUCGCUGAGGCCUCGGAGGUGCUACAGAUCGUCACGCCGCCCGACGUCGUGCUGCAGGGCUUCGUGUCGGACGAGGCCUCGGGCGUAGGGCGCAUCGUGUUCGUGCACCUCCCGCCGACGGGCGCCGCCCCGCCGCAGCCAGACUACCUCGCUCCCCACUUCUCCGACGUGCUCCGCCCGCACGACCCGCGUCGCCGCCACCCGUCGCCUCCGCCGCAGGCCAGCGGUGCCGCUCUCGACAUUCGCGAAUCGCUCACCGCCCUCCUCGACCUCGCCGACACUCUCGAGGCUGCGGAGCUCAUCCUCAUCCUCGAUAAGGAUGAGCGCCAGCCCGAGCCGCUCGCCGAGCUCAUGCACGCUCUCAUGUAUGUUGGCGGGCAGCCGGUCCGCCCUGGCGCGCCUGUCGGCGAGUGGGACUGGGAUGCACGGCGGUGGGCUCUCGUCAGCAUCGAGCUGUAA